AUGGCGCACCACCAGCUCACCCCAUCCCCGCCCGCAAACCGCUUCCUCCUCCCGCACACCACCCGCCACCGUCGACGCCUCAAGGCCGUACGCAAGGGCAACGCCGCCGUCGGCGUCCGCGGCACCGACACCGUCAUCCUCGGCAUCGAGAAGAAGUCCACCCCCAAGCUCCAGGACUCCAGGUCCAUGCGAAAGAUCGCGAGCCUGGAUAUGCACGUCGCACUGGCGUGCACGGGGCUCAAGGCGGACACGCGGGUGCUCAUCAACCGGUCGCGCGUCGAGUGCCAGAGCCACCGCCUCACCAUCGAGGACCCCGUCACCGUCGAGUACAUCACCCGCUACAUCGCCGGCCUGCAGCAGAAGUACACCCAGAGUGGCGGAGUCCGCCCCUUCGGCCUCUCCACCCUCAUCGUCGGCUUCGAUCCGUACAUGGACAAGCCCGCCCUGUACCAGACCGACCCCUCCGGCACCUUCUCCGCCCGGAAGGCCAACACCACGGGGAGGAACUCCAACUCCAUGAGGGAGUUCCUGGAGAAGAACUACAAGGACACCUCCGGCAAGGAGACCAUCAAGCUCACCAUCUGAGUCCUUCU